AUGACUACUCCUGUGACCCUUCUCAGCUAUCUCGCCGAUCUGCCGGACCAAGAUGGCAGCGCAAAGGUCUGGAAAAAGGUAGCCCAAGAAGCUAUUGGAAAAUCACAAUUCGAUGAGUUGACCAUUCGAGAUAUUCAGAAGCGUUCAGCAGAGCGCACCGGGGACCAGCCCCCUAUCGCCGUCACUAAUCUUCCUCGAUAUAUUGUUUCUGGCCAAAUCUCUGACUCGUUUCAAUUCACUACGAAGGAUUCAUUUCCGCCUUGGACCGCUAAAAUAUCUUCGGGUCAGCCCCUCAUUGGGCAGAAGGGUUCGAUCAUCGAACUGGGCAAGAUGUCCGAGAAUGAUGGAUGGGUCGCAGUUCUCAUGGGACGAGUCCGAAUCGCAGACCAAAUUCCGUCUAACAAGGACAGCGCGUUUAAAGAGACGCACCUAUCUCUAGAUGCGGGCAAGUGGCAUUACAUCAUUGAGAAGUCCUACCAAAGUGCGUUAUUGCUUGAGGAGGACUCUAUUGUCCUGUUUGGUACCAUCGAGCGUAAUCUAUUUGUGAAUGACCCUCCGCCCGAACAAAAAGAUCAAACCGACAAUCCUUAG